UUAACCGAGGCUGGGAGCGGAAGGUGCGUAAGAAGGUCACGAAGGAGGAGAUUUGGCCGCGGCGAAGAAACCGAAAGUGAAGAGAUCGCGGGAAGGCGAAGGGGUGGGGGGAAAGGGGAUCCCAACCCUGCCCCCCACCAUGGCCAGCACCCAGCUGCUAGAAGAUGACUUCCAGUUCAUCUGCUGUGAAGGCUGCCAACAGGAAUCACCCAAACUCAAGCUCCUCACCUGCUUCCACACCUUGUGCCUCAACUGCCUGAGCCAGAACAAGCCAGAUGGGCAGUGCCCCGUGUGCCACGCAGCCAUCCAGCAGGCUGCUGGUACCUCUGACGUGGACAACCUGCUCUUCACCAACCUACAAGCCAAGCUGAAGGUCUACAAGAGGAUUGUUGAUGGAGUGGACCUCUUGUGUGACAACUGCAAGCAAGGCAGCGAGCUGUGGUGCUUUGAGUGCAAGGAGCUCCUCUGCACCAAGUGCUUCAGGGCCCACCAGCGCUACUUGAAGGGUCACGAAGCAAAGAGAGUGGUGGACAUCAAGGCAGGGUCUGCUAAGGACUUCCUUGAGGGCAUCAGGAGGAACAGCAGCUUCCCCUGCUCCAACCCUACCCACAAGAGCCAAUCUGUAAGCAUCUACUGCCGGCGGUGCGCCAAGGCGCUGUGCUGUUCGUGCGCGCUGCUGGACAGCCAGCACGCCCCGUUCUGCGACAUCCGCAGCGAGAGCCAGCGGCGGCAGCAGGAGCUGGGCAGCCUCGGGCGGCAGCUGCGCGGCAGCAGGAGCGGCUUCCAGGCGGCGGCGGAGGCGCUGCGGGCCCAGGCCGCCCGGCUGGAGGAGGCGCAGCGGGAGAUGCGGGAGCUGAUCCGGCAGCGAGCGGAGCAGCUGGUGGCGCUGAUCCGGCGGGAGGAAGAGGAGCUGCUGGCGCUGGUGGCGGCGCGGCAGGAGCAGGGCCGGGGCCGGCUGGCGGGGGAGCUGCGGCGGGUGGAGGGGGUGCUGCGGCGGCUGGAGGCGGGCGAGCGGCUGGUGGAGAAGAUGGGGCUGUACGGCACGGAGCAGGAGGUGAUGGACAUGCAGCCCUUCAUCAAGGGCUCGCUGCAGGAGCUGCAGCGGCUGCAGCCUCCGGCGGCCCAGGAGCCAGCGCAGCCCGGGGACUUCGCGGAGUGCAGAGCCAGGCUGCAGGCGCUGGUGGAGCGGGUCACAGGGCGCCCAGGUCCCUCUGCUGCCCAGCAUGACUCGAUGUCUGAUGAUGACACCACCCUGAUCCUCGACCUUCAACCUCCUAGGGAGCAUUGCCAACCUGAUGGAGGUCUGCCCACGGGACUGCCUGCCCACCACCAACCCUCUGCCCCCACCUUGGACCUCUCCAAUGACAGAGGAUGUGCGUGGCCAGACCAGGGAGAGGUCUUACCCCCUGCCCAACCCACAUCUCCAUCCCUUCUAAUGCAAAGGGCUGAAGAAGCUGAGGAAGACUCCAGGUCAGCUCAUGGGGACAAUGGGCCACUUCCCAGGAGCAUCCAGGAAUUCCUGGCCUCCCUGAAGGAAGAUUUCAGUGGCUGGGCCAGGUCCAACAGGCAGCAGGCAGAGCAGCUCCUGAGGCUGGGCGAUGAGCUCCUGCAAGCUCAGCAAAGGGCAAACAGGCAUCUGGUGUCCCUGAUCCAGGAGAUCCAGGCCAUAUCCCACUCCCUGGCCACUGUAACCUCUGCCAUGGCACCCCUGCCACAGCCUGUGGCCAGCCAGCAGGACCUCCUCAGCCCAGAUGUGGCUUGGCCAUCUCUGCCUUCCGACUUGCUGGAGUUAUUCCCUUCCAGCACCCCACAGAACCAUCAGCUGCUGGUACCAGUGGCUGCCACAGCUCCUUCCCCCAGCAGCCCUCGUCCUGCCACCCCUCCUGCCAGCCCAUCCUGCUCAGAGCCCUCCAGCCCAGCUUCUGAGGGGGAACAGCCCAAAUCGAGGUACCUCACCAGGGGCAAGCGCAGAGGGAAGGCCAAAAGAAGAGCGCAGAAGCGGAGGAAGAAAUGAGGCUGUGCCAAGCAGAAGGUUUGCUGAGGGCUGCCAGCUGCUUGGCCAAACCCUUUGAAGGUCUCUGUGGAGGCCAGAAGCUCCAUCUCACCUCACUGUGCCAAUAAAUGCUCCUGGGAUGAA